AGAGCGAUGGGGGAACAUUGUAAAUAUUAGCUGAAAUUUGAGUCGUGAUAUAUACAGCAAUAUAACAAAUUCAUAAAAUUACUAGCUCAGAGACAUGUUUUAAACGGUUCCAUAAGCAAACAUCGGCCCCAGACAUUACUAAAGUUCCUCAUGAAAUGUUAUUGAUAAGUUUUAUAAGUUCAGCUCCCUGAUGGUAACGACGCGCAGUGCGUUGGUGUGCGGAAUAUCAAAUACCAGAAAUGGCUGUCAAAGCUGUUUAGGCGGCCUUUUUUUGUUAUUUUAUUAUGCUUAUUCACAGUAGCAAUGAGUGAAUUUAAAUUGCACCACUUGGUGACAGAGCUAAUAGAACAUUUGGGCUCACGUGCUUCACCUGAAUGGUGUGUUGAGAACCUCCAGAAAGACUCAGCUGCUACAUCAUUGUCUUCAUACAACCAUGUAACACAAAGCUGUAUUAGGCAGCUUGCCAGGAAGAGUCCAGAUCCUCAGAGUUUCAUUGCAAAAUAUGAAGAACUGAAAGCUAAAGACACUGAUUGUCUUCGACCUUUUGUUCAAUUAUUAUCUGUAAUCUCAGAAGACAGGAAAUUGAAAGAAUAUCUUCAGAAAAAUGCCAAGAAAGCUACAACAGAAUUACAGAAUCCCCAGGUCUCGCAAGGAUCAAUAGGAAGCAUAAGUGGUGCAGUAGCAGAUUCGAAGGUUAUAGAGAAUGUAACUACAAAAGAUCUGCCUAGGAUUCGUAUCCGCCUGCAAAAGGAAGCAGAAAUUGCUUUAGGGAAAAGAACUUUACCUUCCAGUAAAAGGGAGAACCAAGGAAAGGCACGCCAUCCCAAUUACCAUUCACCUGUUAUGCCAAACUGGAACAAUGUAAGACCAAAUAUGAACCUGGAUUUCAUCACAGAUCACAGUGGGCCAGCAUUAUUUUCUGCUCCCCUUGGACCAAUUCCAGUAUGCUCCCAAGAGAGUAUGCUCUUAGAAGACAUACUGUCUUGUCUUGAAGGAGCAGAAGGUGAUUAUAUUGUCCCAGAUCCUCUGCAGGGUCCAUAUGAAACAAGAAUGUUCAGCAUUAGUGAAAGCGUUGAUCCCUCUCUGCGUGAAUUCACAGAAAAGAUUUUACCUCUUGCAUCGCAUUAUUCCAUGGUCAUGCGAUUCAUCCAGGAGAAGAGCCAGUUUGAAUAUGGACAAGUGAAUCAUGCUCUCACAGCUGCCAUGACUGCCCUGAUGAAGGACUACAUGGUGUUUGUGGCUCAGUUGGAGACUGCCCAUCGCAAAGGCAGUUUUACUCUACACAAACUCUGGUUCUUUAUUCAGCCAACACUUCACACAAUGGAAAUUUUGGCAAACAUUGCAAGCACUAUUAGCAAAUCUGGAGCCAAAGGUGGUAAAGUGUUAAGCUUGCUACAUGAGCGGACUUCAAGUUACACAGGAGAUCCUACGGGUCAAGAACUGUGUUUGUAUCUAACACAAAAAGCAUGUGUACCGUACAUGGAAAUAUUAGAAAAAUGGGUGUACAAGGGAGUCAUCUGUGAUCCAUAUCAAGAGUUUCUGGUAGAAGAUAAUGAAGUGAUUCAAAAGGAGGAGCUGCCUUUGGACUAUUCCGCUGAUUACUGGGAGAAACGCUACACUAUCAGACGUGAAAGGAUCCCUGUUUUCCUGGAGAGGGUGGCUGAUGUAAUUUUGCGCACAGGAAAAUAUCUUAAUGUCAUACGUCAGUGUGGUAAGAAUGUGAAGUCUCCACAGGCAGAGGAAAUUGUGUACACAAUUAAGAAACGGCAGUAUGUGGAAGCCAUUGAGAAAGCUUACCACUUUGCAAGCAUAACUCUUUUGCAGCUCCUUAUGCAGGAGAAUGAUCUCAUGGGCAGAUUGCGGUCUGUUAAGCAUUACUUCUUAUUGGACCAGGGUGACUUCAUAGUUCAGUUUAUGGAUUCUUGUGAGGCAGAAUUGAGUAAGAACAUUGAUGAUAUUGUUCCAACACGCCUUGAAUCUUUGUUGGAGCUGGCACUUCGAACAUCGGCAGCAAAUGGAGAUCCUUAUAAAGAUGACAUGCGGACAGAACUGCUUCCGUAUGAUCUAAUGUUCCAGAUGUUCAAGAUCCUCAGCAUAGAAACUGAUGAAGAGAAAGAAUACCGUUUACCAUCAGACAAACUUCAACUACUUGGUUUGGAAUCGUUCUCUUUUGGUUAUGAAGUUAAGUGGCCUGUUUCACUUGUGUUGAACCGCAGGGCAAUUGCUUGCUAUCAGAUGAUCUUCAGACAUUUGUUCUACUGUAAACAUGUUGAACGCCUUUUAUGCAGUGUAACAAGGUGGCCAAGUCAUUUGCCUUAAGAGCUGCAAAGACAUACGCAUCAGCAUUUGCUCUCCGUCAGCGUAUGCUCAACUGUGUCCAAAAUUUGGAAUAUUACAUGAUGGUGGAAGUAAUUGAACCCAACUGGGUUACAUUUUUUUCAAGCAUCAAUAAGGUGAAUAAUGUGGAUGACGUACUUGUGUGCCACUCAGACUUCCUGGACAAUUGCCUUAAAGACUGUAUGCUUACCAACCCUACUUUGCUGCGCACUGUGAACAAACUGAUGGCUGUCUGUGUUCAGUUCUGUCACUUCAUACAGGUUUUUGCGCUGCACAUGAGGAGGUACUACUUGGACGCUGAACUUACGUCCAUGCUAGGACCAGCGUACGAGAGUUAUGAAGGCUCUAAUGUUUAUGCGGAGGAAACGCCACCACCAUCACCAGAACAUCAGAGCACAAUGGCUUGUGACAGUGAUAGCUUUGAACAAAGUAUUGCCAAGUUCAACUUGCAGUUCACUGCAGUACUCGUUGGUCUUCUGGAUAAGAUCUCAGAACUUGGUCGUGAGAACAAUGGCGAGAAACUCCUCAAUGUUUUGUACAGAUUGGACUUCAAUACAUUUUACACAGAACAACUUGAAAGAUUAUGUACUGACAGACCCAUGGUGGAGAAUGGGAAAGAAGGGACAUCAGGUUAAGAGGAAGGAGCAGUAAACUGCUUAUAUGAUCAAAAUUAUUGGCUCAGUAUCAGAAAUAUGUAAAGGACUGUAUCGUAAGCUGCUGCUAAAAGUAGAUAAUAUGUGACUGAAGUUGUGUGCAUAAUGUUGUAUGAGAUUUAUACUUGCCAUAAAUUAUUUAUUUACUUUAAGUACUGCAUUAAAAUAUAUUGAAUUUCACCAACAAAUUUCAUUGUUCUACAUGGAGCAUCUCAGAAGAUGUUUGAAAUUUUCAUCAUAAUUGAUGUUUUAAGAUAAUUUUGUUAUAAACAGUCAUUUGAACAGAAUUUUGGAAUUAGACCAUUUAACAGUUUUAGAGGUAUUUAUAUGGUAUCUUGUGUGAAUUCAUAAAGUGGACAACACAGAAAAUUUGAGUCAAAUUAAACUAUUUUCAUGUUGUUAUCUGGUGGGGCGAAUAAACAUACUCUGUUAACCUGUAAGGGAAUUUUGUAUAUGAAAAGAAAUGUACAUUACAACAGUUGCUUGUAGAAUUUAAGAGAGAGUGUGCAUUCUAUUCACAAACAUGUAUCAUUAUACGUUACCCACAAACAUUUUAUAUUUCAUGUGAUUGCUUUCAUCACAUUCAUAGGGAAAAGAAUCUUAAAAUUGAAAAGGCUGGACAGUUUUUUUUUUAAUAUCAAAUUUUAUUAAACUCCACUGUGUGGUUCUAUAAUUGUUCCAUGCAUACAUAUGGAUGGACUGAGGGAACUUAAUGGGCACACUGCAGGGGAUCUGCAUAUGCCUAAAACCUGGGUCAGUGGACAAAAUCCAAGAGAAUAGCCAUGAACUGUUAGACAUCUUGCAAGAUGUGCAUUAAGUUUAAACGAGAUUUUGCAUAUUACAAGGUGGUUCAAACUUGACCAGGACUGAUUUGUGUGUAAACAAGCUGCACUGUGCAUCAGGUGUGCAACC